AUGAAUUCAAAAAUUAAAGGAAUAACGGAUGAUAUAACAUCAAUUCCACCAGAAGAACAGAGAUAUUACGCAUUAAAUGCAUUUCCUAAAGUUUUGAAGAUUGGAAGAUUUAAUUUUAAUGAGGAAUUCAUAAAAGGUUUCCUAAAUGACAUAAUGAAGAAAGCGGAUAAAACAUAUGUGGAUGAUGAGUUAGAGAAGAAGGCAGAUAAGGAAUUAAUGGCUAGUGAGUUAAUGAAGAAAGCAAAUUUGGUUUAUGUUGAUGAAAAAGAUAAUGAAAUUAAAGAAAGGGUUGAAUGGUAUCAUGAAUGGACAUCAAAGAUUUUAAAAACUAAAGCUGAUACAGGAUGGGUUUCAGGAUGUUUAGACCUUAAAGCGGAUAAGGAAUAUGUUAACAAUGAGUUAGGGAAGAAAGCAGAUAAGAAAUAUGUUAACGAAAUAUACCAAAGUUUGAUAGGAACAAAAAAUAUUGAAACUAUUGUUGGUGACUUUUCUGUCAAUGAAGAAAAUAAAUAUUUUAGAUGGGAGUUUGUACACUCCUUAAGAAAUGGUAUACGGUAUAAACUCAUUCCGAAAAAUAACAAUGAAAUGUAUGUAAGCUAUAAAAAGAAUGAUGGUACACAAGUUAAAGUUCCAUUAGACAACAACUGCUACUUAAACUUAUAUGGAGACGAACAAAAGAAAUAUUUAAGAGUUUAUGAAAUGGUAGAUAUGACAUUGCCUGACCCAUCUCCAGUACCACAUUAUUAUGACUAUGGUGUUGACACACGUGUAGACCCAAAAAAGCAAACAUUAUAUUUAGAAUAUUAUAGAUAUAAAAGAUAUAAUGCAAUAGAAAAAACAAAGUAUGAUUUGAAUUUAUUUUUGUAUUAA